AAUCAUGAUUUGAUUGAUUGUUCAAGAUAUCAGAUAAUUACUGUAAUUGAACAGGAAUUCCUUAUCGAUGUAGUGAAUGAGUUUAAGGGUGUAUUGGAGUCGAAACAAAAUGAUAUUCGGUCCAUACAAAGGAAGGAAAAGGCGUGGAGAGAAAUAGAAGCCCACUUUCUUUAA